CUCGCCGUCUCCGGCGAUCUCCGCCGCCGCCGCCGCCAAUCCGAGCCCUCGGGCUCCCUCCCCUAUCGCCUAUCCCCUCUGGCGCUGGGCCGCUGAUGCUUCCUAUCCCAUGGGGCCCUCCCACAUUCCUCUCCCCCUCCACCGUCUCCUCCUCCUCCCGCCCCUCCUCAUCAUCCUCCUCCUCGCCGUCGCAUCGGGGAACCCUAGCCGCGGGGGUUUCGAUCGGGGGGACGCGGAGGCGGAGGCGUACUCGAUCCUGACGUUCCACGACUACACGCCGCCGCCGCCGCCCUCGCUGCCGCCGCCGCCGGCGGCCCCCUCGGCGACCUGCGCCGGGGACCUCCGCGGCGUGGGCGACUUCGACACGCGCUGCGUGGUCCCGGCCUCCGUCAGGCUCCGGGGCCCUGGGGUGUACAUCAGCGGGAAUGGCAGCCUGGCGCUCGUCGACGGCGUCGCCCUCACCUGCGAGAGGCCGGGGUGCGUCGUCUCCGCCAAUUUGUCCGGCGAUAUCCUCUUGGGCCGUGAGGCGCGUGUCGUGGCUGGGUGGGUCUCUCUUUCAGCUACCAAUAUCACGCUUUCCACCGAUGCAGUCGUCAAUACCACUGCGCUCGCCGGCGACCCGCCUGACAAGACCAGCGGCGUCCCUACUGGGACGUAUGGUGACGGCGGUGGCCAUGGCGGCCGUGGCGCUAGCUGCUAUGUCAAGAAGGGUCAGGAACAGGAGGACUCGUGGGGUGGUGACAUGUAUGCUUGGGCUGAACUCAAGACUCCCAAUAGCUACGGUAGCAAAGGUGGUUCUACCAGUGUCGAGAAGGACUAUGGUGGUGGUGGUGGGGGUGUAGUGUGGUUGUUCGCGAGGGAUAUUGUGAUGAAUGGAACAAUUCUUGCUGAUGGCGGAGAUGGUGGCACUAAGGGUGGGGGUGGCUCUGGGGGAAGCAUCUAUCUGAAGGCUACAGCUAUGCAAGGAGGUGGCAGAAUAAGUGCUUGUGGAGGGAAUGGCUUGGCUGGGGGAGGUGGUGGGCGUGUUUCUGUUGAUGUUUUCAGUAGGCAUGAUGACUCCCAGUUUUUUGUUCAUGGGGGGAGGAGCUCAGGUUGUCUGGAUAAUGCAGGAGCAGCUGGGACUCUUUACGAAGAAGUUCCUAAGAGUAUUACUGUUAGCAACAAUAACUUGAGCACACAAACUGAUACAGUUUUUCUAGAACCCCCAUACGAUCCACUCUGGACAAAUGUUUUUAUCAAGAAUCGUGCAAAAGUUUCUCUUCCCUUGCGUUGGAGUCGUAUUCAGGCUCAGGGGCAAAUUAGUCUUCUAUCCCGUGCUACACUAACGUUUGGCUUGACACACUAUCCAUAUUCAGAAUUUGAAUUAUUGGCUGAGGAACUUCUGAUGAGUGAUUCUACAAUUAAGGUGUUUGGUGCUUUAAGAAUGUCUGUAAAGAUGCUCCUUAUGUGGAACUCUAGAAUGUUGAUUGACGGUGGCAGAGAUUCAAUAGUUGUAACUUCUUUACUGGAAGGUAGCAAUUUGAUAGUUUUGAAGGAAUCAUCAGUUAUACAUUCUAUUGGUAAUCUUGGAAUUCAUGGUCAAGGCAUCCUGAAUUUAUCUGGAGAUGGAGAUACGAUUCAGGCACAACGUCUUAUUUUAUCACUUUUCUACAACAUAAUGGUUGGACCUGGAGCUGUUCUACAGGGCCCACUUGUAAAUGAAACUAAUGAUGAUGUAGCCCCAAGGCUGAAUUGUGAAGAUGAGAGUUGUCCUAUGGAAAUCUUUCAUCCUCCUGAGGAUUGCAACCUGAACACUUCAUUGUCUUUUACCCUACAGAUAUGCCGUGUUGAAGACAUUGUUGUUUCUGGCCUUGUGCAAGGAACUGUGAUUAAUUUCAACAGAGCAAGAAAUGUCACCGUGAGAUCAUCUGGGACCAUUAGUGCAACAGGAUUAGGUUGCCGAGGUGGAAUCGGACGAGGAAGAAUGUUAAACAGUGGCCUUAGUGGUGGGGGUGGACAUGGUGGUAAAGGAGGGGAUGCUUUCUACAGUGGCAGUCAUGCAGGGGGUGGAACUGCAUAUGGUAAUGCUGAUUUACCAUGUGAACUUGGCAGUGGUAGUGGCAACGCCAGUACAAGUUAUUCAACAGCUGGUGGUGGCAUAAUAGUAAUGGGUUCUUUGGAGCAAUCUCUGCCACUACUUUCCCUAGCUGGUUCAAUAGAGGCGAAUGGUGGCAGUUUCACUGGUGUGGUGACUCAUGCUGCAAAUGAAGGACCUGGUGGUGGUUCCGGGGGCACAAUUCUUUUAUUUGUGAGGACAUUGUCCUUGGAGAAGGGUUCUGUGCUUUCCAGUGCUGGUGGGGUUGGAAGCAAUGGUAGUGGUGGAGGUGGUGGUGGCCGGAUUCACUUCCACUGGUCUGACAUUCCCACUGGAGAUGACUAUAUUCCUUUUGCAACGGUUAAUGGAUCAAUACUUGCAAGAGGAGGAAUUGUUGAUGGCCAAGGUUUUCCUGGUGAAAAUGGAACAGUUACGGGAAAAGAUUGCCCAAAAGGUCUUUAUGGCACAUUUUGCAAGGCAUGUCCUUUAGGAACAUACAAGAACAUUACUGGAUCUUUGAAGUCCUUAUGUUCUCCAUGCCCUACAACUGAGCUCCCUCAUCGUGCUGUGUACAUAAGCAUCCGAGGAGGUGUUACUGAGACCCCGUGCCCAUACAAAUGUGUGUCUGAUAGAUACCGCAUGCCUCACUGUUUCACUGCUCUUGAAGAGUUAAUAUACACUUUUGGUGGACCUUGGUUGUUUGGUCUGUUUCUUUCAGGCCUUCUUUUUUUAUUAGCCCUUGUUUUAAGUAUCGCUCGUAUGAAGUUUGUUGGCACUGAUGAGUUGCCUGGACCAGCACCAACUCAACAUAGCUCCCAAAUUGAUCACUCUUUUCCUUUCCUAGAAUCUCUCAAUGAGGUACUGGAAACAAACAGGGCUGAAGAAUCUCACUGUCAUGUGCACAGGAUGUAUUUCAUGGGUCCCAACACCUUCAGUGAACCUUGGCAUCUACCACACACCCCACCUGAGCAGAUUGCCGAGAUUGUGUAUGAGGAUGCAUUUAACAAAUUUGUCGAUGAGAUAAAUGCUCUUGCAGCAUAUCAGUGGUGGGAAGGAUCAAUUUAUAGUAUCGUGUGUAUACUUUCAUACCCCUUGGCAUGGUCUUGGCAGCAGUGGCGCAGAAGAAGAAAACUACAAAUAUUACGUGAGUUUGUUCGAUCUGAAUAUGAUCAUUCAUGUUUACGGUCCUGCCGUUCACGUGCACUUUAUGAAGGACUAAAGGUUGCUGCUACUCCAGAUUUAAUGCUGGGUUAUUUAGAUUUCUUUCUCGGUGGAGAUGAAAAAAGGUCUGAGCUUCCGCCUCGUCUUCAUCAAAGGUUGCCUAUGUCAUUAAUCUUUGGAGGUGAUGGAAGUUACAUGGCUCCAUUUUCACUUCACAGUGACAGUGUGGUCACAAGUCUUAUUAGCCAGGGUGUACCUUCAUCAAUAUGGCACCGCCUUGUUGCUGGAUUGAAUGCCCAAUUGCGUUUGGCUCGCCGUGGAAGUCUAAAAUCUACAUUUCUUCCUGUACUCAAAUGGCUUGAAACUCAUGCAAAUCCUGCUUUGAACACAUACCGAGUGCAUGUUGACCUUGCAUGGUUCCAAGCUACAGCACUGGGGUACUUUCAAUUUGGUCUUGUUAUUCAUUCUAUGGGAGAAGCAGUGGGUAGUGAACUUCAAGGUGGCUCUGCAGUGAAAUUUGAUUUUCAUGCACAAUUUCAGAACACAAAUGCUGAUUCUCGACUACAUCACUCAAGGAACAAUGAUGCUGUCAUGCGUAAAAGAAUAACUGGCAGAGUUCUCGAUAUUGACAACUUACGGAUGCUCAAGGACAAGAGAGAUUUAUUUUACCCUCUUUCUCUUAUCUUACACAAUACCAAACCAGUUGGGCAUCAGGAUCUUGUUGGUUUGGUGAUCUCAAUUUUGCUUCUUGCAGAUUUCAGCUUAGUGUUGCUUACUUUUCUCCAGCUAUAUUCAUAUUCUAUGAUCGAUGUGUUGUUGGUGCUGUUUGUUCUUCCUCUUGGGAUACUGGCACCUUUUCCUGCUGGGAUAAAUGCUCUAUUUAGUCAUGGACCACGGCGGUCAGCAGGUCUUGCUCGUGUGUAUGCGCUGUGGAAUAUUACAUCAUUGGUGAAUGUUAUCGUCGCCUUUGUGUGUGGACUUGUGCAUUACAAGUCAUCGUCCAAAAGGCAUCCAAGCAUGCAACCUUGGAAUUUGGGCGGGGAUGAUACUAGCUGGUGGUUGUUCCCAACAGGACUUGUGAUAUGUAAAUGCAUCCAAGCAAGGCUUGUCGAUUGGCAUGUCUCUAUCCUAGAGAUCCAGGAUCGUGCAGUUUAUAGCAAUGACCCAACCAUAUUUUGGCAGUGAUUGAAUUUAUAUCACUGAAUUUCUCAUUAGAGGUUUUGGCAACUCAAGUUUUUGGGAGUUGAUAAAAAGGAAGGCUAGGGAAUGAGUUGAUUCUUUGUCAACCAGGCAGAGGAAGCAAAGUACAGAGUGUACAUGCUUACAGAUGCAUGCUUAUAGUCCAUUGUUAACCUUGUGCAGUCUCAGCUUUGGUUUCCUUGUACAUAAAAAUGUUUAUUUGAUCCAUUCUUUGUAGGGUUCGGACAUCAUAGAAUUAUAAACUUAACUGAGCUAAUCAUAGAGAUGAAAUGGUUGGGAAAAA